AUGACCAACCAAAAACAAAGCCGAUACGCCACAAGAAGCAGCACUCGGGGACAUUUAUCUGGUGUUCGCAAGGUUCAAAAGACCUCGGAGUCGGGUUCAAAGAGGAACACCUCUGACAAGAUCGAUGCCGAGGUGGAACAAACAAAAGUCAAAAGUGAAUCAAUUGGAGAUCAAUUCCAUGGCGAUACUGAAGUUUGGGAUACACCCACACCAAGCUAUCGUGCAAUUAGCACCGGUUCUAACAGGCCUACGCCGGAGGUCACCCUUCCGGAACGCCCGGUCUUAGUACUCUGUCCAUUAGAGUUCCCUGUCGACGGUAGUUUUGUGAUCUUUCCGGCUCUUUGUAUGAUCAUGGAUGCGACCACCCUUGAAGAUUAUCUUUGA